UUUUAACAGAUUCUGUGUGUUUCAAAGCAUGGGUGUUUCAGAAAACAGAGGGGUUGCUUUUGUUGUCUUCCUUAUAUUAAGCUUUUUGGGGAUUUCAUUGGCAGACCCCAGGACAAGUAUCGCCGGCCUCUACUGUAACACAAGUUAUGCUGCUUCAGGUGCUGUUCUUGCCGAUUACUUUGUUCCUGCAAUGGAUAACCUAAGCUCUCUUGUUAAUCGAAAUGGGUUUGGGACUACUGUUUUCGGAGAAGGCCCAAAUGCUGUUUUUGCACUUGCCCAGUGUUAUGAAGACCUAGGUUCAAUUGAUUGCAAACUUUGCUUCUCAGAAAUUCGAUCCAUUCUCCCUAAAUGUUAUCCUAAGACAGGAGGAAGGAUUUUUCUCGAUGGAUGUUUUGGUCGUUAUGAGAAUUUUUCAUUCUUCAAUGAAGUCAGAGAUUCAAAGGACUCAGAAGUAUGUGCUUACAGUAAGAACAGUUCCCUUCCUGAUAAGUUUAGACAAAUUGUUAUAGAAGUUGUUGGGAAUGUGAGUACAGAAGCUAUUAAGAGUCAGAAUUUUGCAGUUGGAUCGGUUUCAAGCUCUAAUUUAUCAGUAUAUGCUCUUGCCCAAUGUUGGGAGAACUUGGAAAGCCAGAAAUGCAAUACUUGCCUCCAAGCUGCUGCUUCUUCUGUCAUUUCAUGUUCUCCAGCUAUUGAAGGCCGGUCGCUUAAUGCUGGCUGUUAUCUGAGGUAUUCAACUAGGAUGUUUUGGAACUCAAUUUCCACCACCUCAGAUUCAUCAGGGAAUCAUAUGACCUUAUGGAUUAUCAUUGGUUCCACUAUUGGAGUUUUGCUACUCUUAAGCGGGAUUGGGAUUUGGAAAGCCAAGGCGUACUUGCGCAAGUCAGAUUCCAAGUCUCUUAACGAUGUAUAUGGAUCAGGACUCUCUUCUGCCAUUGCUCAGUCCAAGCUGAAUUUCAGAUACCAGGAAUUGAGAAAGGCUACAAAGAAUUUUGACCUAUCCAACAAGCUUGGGCAGGGUAGCUAUGGAACAGUUUACAAGGGUGUUCUUCCUGAUGGAAGAGAAGUUGCUGUAAAGAAGUUGUUUCUGAAUACAAGACAAUGGAUUAGUCAGUUUUUAAAUGAAGUGGAUCUGGUCAACUGUCUCCGCCACAAAAAUCUAGUGAAAUUGCUCGGUUGCAGCGCUGAUGGCCCUGAAAGCCUGCUUGUUUAUGAGUACUACUUCAACAGGAGCCUGGAUGAGUUUAUAUUUGACCCUAAUCGAGCAAAAGUUUUGGACUGGGAGAAGAGAUUGGAUAUUAUUCAAGGAGUGGCAGAAGGCCUCUCUUAUCUCCAUGAGGAGUCUGAAAUCCGAAUCAUCCAUAGAGAUAUCAAAGCAAGUAAUGUUCUUCUCGAUGAUAAAUUCAAGCCCAAGAUAACAGAUUUUGGCCUUGCUAGAUCUUUUGGAGAGGAUCUAACCCAUCUUAGCACCGGAAUAGCGGGAACUCUGGGAUAUAUGGCUCCUGAGUAUGUUGUACAUGGCCACCUGACUGAGAAGGCCGACGUAUACAGCUUUGGAGUUUUGAUUCUUGAAAUAGUGUCUGGGCAAAGGUGCAGCAGUGGGGUGGGAUCACUGGCGGGGAAUUCAUUCUUAGCAAGGAUAUGGAGCCACUACAAGGAUAACACACUUGUCCAAAUAAUAGAUAGAAGUUUCUAUGAGGACGGAGUAAAAGAUGAGAUCCUGCAUGUGGUGCGUGUGGGACUAUUGUGCACACAAGCUACACCAGGUUAUCGUCCGACAAUGGUGAAGAUUGUGGAAUUGCUAAGAAGCAAUAGGGAUCAAUGGGACCUUUCCCCAACCAGCCCACCAUUUUUGGAUGUUUCACCAAUGGACAGCAAUGAAGAAGGUGAAGGCUCCCAUUUGUUAUCCAUGGUUUCUACUUCAAGCCUUUCUGGAUCAUCACAUUCCCGGAUACAUGGAAGAUGAGAUUACAUGGUAGAGAAUAGUUAAAAAAAAUGAAAG